UUAGAGGGCGGUAACCACUGCGGUCUAACAGCAUCUUCACACACACACACACACACACAACAUUUCUGUUUCAACUUUCCGCUGCAGGAAAAGGAGAGGGUGUUGAAUUGUGCAUUUUAUUUACUCCUGGAGGAAAGCUCACAGGGACCGGGGACAGGCAUGUCUGGCGCGGCUCCGAAGCGGCAGGACACCCGGAAAUUCUUCGAGAAUUUAUCCGGGGCUGGGAAAUGCAUCGCGGUGCUGACUAGCGGAGGAGAUGCCCAAGGGAUGAACGCGGCGGUGCGGGCCGUCGUCAGGAUGGGCAUCUAUGUGGGAGCAAAGGUCUACUUCAUCCACGAGGGUUACCAGGGCAUGGUGGACGGAGCAGAGAACAUCAAAGAGGCGACGUGGGAAAGCGUCUCUAGCAUGCUGCAAGUGGGCGGCACGGUGAUCGGCAGCGCACGCUGUAAGGAGUUCCGGAGCCACGAGGGCCGCCUGAAGGCCGCUCACAACCUGGUGCAGCACAGCAUCACCAACCUGUGUGUGAUCGGGGGGGACGGCAGCCUCACCGGGGCCAACCUGUUCAGAGAAGAGUGGAGCGGCCUGCUGGAGGAGCUGCAGCAGCAGGGUCUGAUCGAUAAGGAGGCGGCGCUCAGUCACUCCGAGCUGCACAUCGUCGGCAUGGUCGGCUCCAUCGACAAUGACUUCUGCGGCACCGACAUGACCAUCGGCACCGACUCGGCCCUGCACCGGAUCAUCGAGGUGGUGGACGCCAUCAUGACCACGGCUCAGAGCCACCAGAGGACCUUUGUGCUGGAGGUCAUGGGCCGGCACUGCGGGUACCUGGCUCUGGUCAGUGCUCUGGCCUGCGGGGCGGACUGGGUGCUUAUCCCUGAGAUGCCCCCAGAGGACGGCUGGGAGGACAACAUGUGUCAGAAACUGUCUGAGAACCGUGCCGAUAAGAAAAGGCUGAACAUUAUCAUAGUAGCAGAGGGAGCCAUAGACAGCCACAACAAGGCCAUCACUCCAGACUAUAUCAAAGAUCUGGUAGUUCGCUGCUUGGGAUUUGACACCAGGGUCACCAUCCUGGGCCAUGUGCAGAGAGGCGGGACCCCCUCGGCCUUCGACAGGAUCCUGGCCAGCCGCAUGGGGGUGGAGGCGGUGCUGGCGCUGCUGGAGGCCUCGGCCACCACCCCGGCCUGCGUCGUGUCUCUGGUCGGAAACCAGGCAGUUCGACUCCCACUGAUGGAGUGUGUGCAGAUGACCCAGGAGGUGCAGAAGGCCAUGGAUGAGAAGAAGUUUGAAGAGGCUGUGAGACUGCGUGGCAGGAGCUUUGAAAACAACCUGUCCACCUACAGACUCCUCUCGCACCGGAAAGCAGAUUCUGAACUUCCAAAUAGCAACUUUAACGUGGCGGUGCUGAACGUCGGCGCUCCAGCUGCAGGGAUGAACGCCGCCGUGCGCUCUGCCGUCAGAGUGGGAAUCACUGAAGGACACAAAAUGUUCGCCAUCAACGACGGCUUCGAGGGAUUCUACAAGGGACAGAUCAAGGAGAUUAAAUGGGGAGACGUCGGUGGUUGGACGGGCCAAGGAGGCUCCCUGCUCGGGACCAAGCGAACUCUCCCUGGCAAACAUCUGGAUGAGAUCGCUGAGCAGAUUAAGAUCCACAACAUCAACGCCCUGCUGGUCAUCGGAGGAUUUGAGGCCUACGUGGGAUUACUGGAGCUCUCAGCGGCGCGGAGCACACAUAACGAGCUGUGUAUUCCCAUGGUUAUGGUCCCCGCCACCGUCUCCAACAAUAUCCCGGGGUCAGACCUCAGCAUUGGCUCAGACACGGCUCUGAACGCCAUUACUGAUGCCUUUGAGUCCCUGCUGGAGCUGUUCGAGGCCCGGGUCGACCACGAGGAGUUUUGCAUCCCGAUGUGCAUGCUGCCUGCUACCAUUAGUAACAAUGUGCCCGGCACCGACCUCAGUAUCGGCGCCGACACGUCGCUCAACGCCAUCGUGGAGACCUGCGACCGCAUCAAGCAGUCGGCCAGCGGCACCAAGCGGCGGGUCUUCAUCAUCGAGACCAUGGGGGGGUACUGCGGGUACCUGGCCACCGUGGGGGGGCUGGCAGCCGGCGCCGACACCGUCUACAUCUACGAGGAGCCGUUCGACAUCCGGGACCUGCAGGCCAACGUGGAGCAUCUGACGCAGAAGAUGAAGACGACCAUCCAGAGAGGACUGGUGCUCAGGAAUGAGAACUCCAAUGAGAACUUCACCACUGACUUCAUCUACCAGCUGUACACCGAGGAGGGGAAAGGAGUGUUCGACUGCAGGAAGAACAUCCUGGGUCACAUGCAGCAGGGAGGAGCUCCGUCACCCUUUGACAGAAACUUCGGCACUAAAGUCGCCGCUAAAGCCGUCCAGUGGAUCUCCCGGACGCUCAAGGACUCUUACAAAGGAGGGCAAGUGUUUGCUAACUCAGAGGACACGGCCUGCCUGCUGGGGAUGCGUCGCAGAGCCAUGGUGUUCCAGCCGGUCUCUCAGCUCCGAGACGAGACGGACUUUGUCCACAGGAUCCCUAAGGAGCAGUGGUGGCUGAAGCUCCGCCCCCUGAUGAAGAUCUUAGCCAAGUACAAGACGAGUUACGACGUGUCCGACUCCGGUCAGCUGGAGCACGUGACCCGGGUCCGACCCAAAGAGAGCAAACCCUCCGUCUGAAUAACCCACUCACUGCCAGGGGAGACAACCAAUCAGCUUCACUGAAGCUCCACACUACGACUGAGCGACCGCUGAUUGACUGCAAAUUAAUUAAAGAUAGUUGGUCAUUUUAAAACAUUUUAUCGUACGGUAAAGUCCUGGGAUCUGUUUUAAAGAUGAGGAAAUUGAGCUGAUAAAUUUGAGGAUACAGUAUUUGGAACGGAGCUCUUUUGGUAGCUAGAGCUAACGUUGUUCUUCUCCUAGCUCCACAAUGAAAGACGUUAAACGCUUUAUUAUCUAUAUAACCUCUCCUUGUUAUGUACUGUGAGAGUUUUAGUCCUGAAACCGUAGCUGAGCGUAAAUCAUGUCACGUAAACGCUGCUUUUUAAGUCCAGAUUUUGUCACUUUUAUUAUUGUCUCCUGCACUUUAAGCCCCGUGUUUAAGUUAAUGUCCUCCAGCUGCUUCUAAAGAGAUCUCUGCCACAAAGAUCUCAUGCUGUCCAUGUAAAGCCUGCUAAAAGUGUCGACCAUCAUGAAAAUCGGAAGUUUAGUGAGCCUAGCUGACGGUGUGUGUGUCCUAUCACCUGCUAAGUGUGUGUGUGAGCUUGUGUGUGUGGUGUUCCUGUAGCCAUGUGCUCCACUCUGGGCUUUGUAUGUGGCCUCCUGCUGUGCUGUCUGUAACAUCCUGCUGUCGAUGUAGGAGAACGUCUGAAGCCUGUGUGUGUGUGUGUGUGUCCUGUCACAGAGUAAUAAAACAGUUGUGUUGAAA